AUGAAAACUACCAGUAAAUUUCCUUGAUCACGACGGUUCCUCACCCGAGCAGCGAAGUGACUGCUACUUGUCGUCUCCCAAUUGUUUGUUAGCGAUUUCGUCAGCAGCAAUUUUCUCAUGUGCACGCUUAGCGGUUUGCGUCUGUGUGACCACCCCGCUAAUGUUAUCAAAUUAGCCCGCUAAAAUAACCAGCACCCAAUCGUGCUGUUGCUAUUGUGGUCGUGUAACUAGCGGGGAAAGAUGGACAAGUACUCGCAGUUGAAGAAGAUCGGCGAGGGUGCCUUCGGCAAGGCCUACCUCAUGAAGCGUAAGGAUGACGAGAAGAAGCUGGUCGUCAUCAAGCAAGUCAACAUCUCGAAGAUGUCGGCUCGGGAACGCGCCGACUCUCGUAAAGAGGUGAAAGUCCUGUCGCAGAUGCACCAUCCGAACAUCGUCAGGUAUCGCGAGUCCUUCGAAGAUGGCGGUAACCUGUACAUUGUCAUGGACUACGCCGACGGAGGCGACCUGCAUGGACGACUGAACAAACAGCGCGGUACUCUACUGGAUGAGGACACGGUGUUAAACUGGUUUGUACAGAUCUCGCUGGCCAUCAAGCACGUUCACGACCGCAAGAUCCUGCACCGUGACAUCAAGACACAGAACAUCUUCCUGAUGCGCUCCGGCAUUAUCAAGUUGGGCGAUUUCGGCAUUGCACGUGUUCUCAACAGCACCGCCGAGCUGGCGAGGACAUGCAUCGGCACACCUUACUAUCUGUCACCGGAAAUUUGUGAAAACAAGCCAUACAGCUUCAAGAGCGACGUAUGGUCUCUGGGGUGUGUACUCUACGAGCUUGCAACGCUCAAGCAUGCGUUUGAAGGCCGUGACAUGAGGAACCUGGUGCUCAAGAUCGUCAGAGGCGUAUACCCACCACUGCCGAGCAAGUACAGCCGUGACUUGAGACAGCUCCUUGCACAGAUGCUGGCGCGGUCUUCACGGGAAAGGCCAUCAGUCAACAAAAUUCUCCGGACGCCCUUUAUUCAGAGGCGAAUUGAAAGCUUCCUAUCAGCCAGUGUGAUGGCCGAUGAAUUCAGUCACACCAUUCUGCAUCGCAACGCGAGGCCGUCGGCCGCCGGUGCAGCAGCACCUGCCGUCCGACCAGCUGCCCAGGCCGCCGGUGCCAAUGCUCGUCCUUCUGGUGCGGCUGGUGCUGGUGCACGGCCGGCCGGGCGCCAGGGAGGAGUCGGCGGAGCGCUGCAGGUGAAGCCUGCCGCUGCGCAUGCACGGGUCACUCCUGCGCCGAGGGCAUCACCUGCUCAGGCGGCGAAGAAACCAGGAGUAGUGGAGCGAAAACCAGUAGCCGCGGCACCCAAGAAGUACGAUCCAGCUAGCGUGUACGGAAGACCUGCAGCCGGCAGACAAUCUAGGCCAGGACAAGCAGCCCGUAAGCCAGUCAACCAACAGCAACAGGAUGCGGUUGCACGUCGGCGCAAGGAACUGCAAGACAAGGAGAAAGACCGCCAGCAGGUGUUCCAGGCAAAGAAAGCAGAGUAUGAAGAGCAGCUGAAGAGGCAGAAAGCUGAGCUGGCAGAGAAGCAGCAGAUGGUUCGUCAGCAGAGAGGUCAGGAAUCCGACCUACCACGGGAUGAGAUGAAGAAGGACCCAGUGAAGUCAGCUGUUGAUGAUGUGCCGUCUAGAAUGGCUGGCAAACAAGAAGCUGCUGGACGGCCUGUCAACGCAGACCGAGCCAGGCUAGAGGCCGAGCAGCGACGGCAGGCCGAAGAGUAUCUGGAGAGACGCCGGCAGCAGGCGGCGUACAAGGCGCGGGCACAGGGAAAUCCUGUUCAACCUGCUCAACCACCGACAAAGGACGUGGCACCGUCGGCCCGGCCAGCGAUUGAUAAGCCGUCGCCCUCCGCUUCUCCGGGAGGUGCGCUCGUGGCACGGAACCAACAAGAGCAGGAGUACAUGGCAAGGUUGGAGGCGAUUCGCAAGCAGAACUACGUCGACCGUAAGCGGAUGCAGCACAAACAGGUGGCCGCCAAGUUCGACCACCCCGUGCGAGAUGGCAAUGAGGAUGAUAGGUUGAAGAAGAUAGCUGAGUUGAAGGCGCAGGCUCACGUUCAGUCAGAGCAACUUGCCAAGGCUAAGCAGAGGGUUGAGCAAGCGCAGGCAAAGCAUGCGGAAGAGCUCAGCAGACAUCCCAAGGCAACAGCUGAUCAGGCGGCGGCAAAGCAGCAGAAGCCACCGAGUUCAGCUGCCGGCCAGGGCAACGCACGGCAAGAGCGACCGCGCAGUGUUGGAGGAAAGGCUCCUGCCAAGCCAGCGGGCUCGGCUCAAGCAGGGAAGCCGGUUGUUGCCGCCGCUGCCACCCCUGGUCUGGACACUGCUCUCGCCAAUGUCGGCCUUGCCCCGGCUAAGCCUAUCAAGAGUGCUGCAUCAGCUCAAGAUCAGAAAAAUGAAGGCCGACGUCAGUGGGGUCAGAAAGCGGCGAUACCGGCGGAGCUUCCGCUUGAAACUGCGAUCGGCAUGCCAACCGGCGUCAUGGAAACCGGAAUCUUGGAGACGGCUGCCAAGGUGGAUGCUAAGGUGGCGGCAGCAGCGGCAGCUGUGCCUGGUGGCAAAGUGGAAGACGAGGAUGCUCAGCGGCGACGAUGGAAGAGUCCCGGUGACACCGUCCUGGCGGCUAUGCAAGGGGCCAGCGUGUCUGAGAUUGCCACGCAGACCGUCAGCGGAAUCACAACCAGCACCGGAGUCCAGGUCGGCGAUCAACCCGACGGAGGAACUCCCAAAGAAGUGCCCGCACCUGCUGCGGAACCAGCAGUGUCCGCGAGUAGCAAACAACAGGUUGGCGGCACGACAGCCGCAGCGUCACAACCACCAUCUUCAGCUCCACUGGUUAUGAGUGCAAAUGUCGACAACACCUCGUCUACCACAGCCGGCGACAGUGGUGCGGAGGAUGACAUAGAGGAGAUCUCAUUGGACGUAAAACCGCUCGAGAACGUCGUCGUCAAGGAUGCCGAUGGCACCGGCACCAGUGCGCUGAGCACCACCCAGACGCUAGAGAGAGAAGUGGGGGCCAUGGUUGCUGCCGACGCGGUCACCCGCAGUGCGGCCAACGCUAGGUCAUCUGGUCCCGUGAAUGUUGCCCAGGUGCUGGGUGCGGCCGAUGCUCCCAGCCUCCCCGAACUGGCCAAGAGAUCUAGCAAUGACGACGACGGGCAGGUGCAGGUGGAGGAAGCGGAGACAAAGCUUGACAAAGCCAGCAGCGAGCCGAGCGACGCACCCGAGGACGAGGUCUCGCCGGCUGCCUUUAAGAGCAGCGAUCUGCCGAUAUCGUCACCGCGGCCCAUGUUCAGCAAAGCAGGCAAGCCUCACGCCGCACUCAGCGAUGCCGCAGAGUCGGUGGCAUCGUUCAGCAGCACGCGUGUCGAGUGCGGCUCGCCGACGUCGAGUGUCUCAUCGUACAGCACCAUAGACACUGCACCGGGCAGCCUUGCUCAACUGGCAAGUGUGGAGGACAUCGAGGAAGACGAGGGUGUGUCCGACGUGGCACCUGCCGAGGUGACACAAACAGCUGCGGAUGAUGCAGCAGCCGGCAGGAACGUAGACGAGGAUGAUGACGGAGAAAGCAAAGCAGCGGAGAUGGAGAAGAAACUGUCAUCUAGUAACUCUGAGGUUGCCUUGGCGAUGACGUUUGGAGCAUUCGACACGAGAAAGCGGUUCCUGAGGACCUGCUCUCUGCCCGAUCUUAGAGACGCGGGUAGAGAUGAUGAUGACGAUGCCGAGGAAGAAGAGACCAGCGAUCAGGAAGGAGAUGAUGACGACAGCGGCAAUGCUGGUGAGCAGCUGGAAUCUGGUGAUGGUGGUGGUGAUGAGCACGAUGGUCCUCGCGAUGAGCCCGUCGUCGACACGGAGAAUGCUGGCGAUGAACUCACACUUGAAGAUCUCGAUGUUGCGUACGUUGACGGUGAUUCCAGCGGCGCGGCACUACUGAGAGACUCUGCAUCCCCCAGUGGUGGCACGGAGGAGGACGGCGAUGAGAUGAAGGAAAUGCUGCAGUCUAUGCAUGCUCUUCUUGCAGCCAGCAGUGGCCGCUCAUCACGCAGGUUGUUUGACUCGCGUGCUGAUGAUGAUGAGGAUGCGGAUGAAAACGGCGACUUGGCAGCGGAAGGAUCUCAGGAAUGGCAGGAAGGCACUGGUGAGGCCGAGGACAGUGAGGGCGAGUACGAUGGUGAAGAGGACGAGGACCUGGCUGACCUGCUGGAGUCCAGCUCCGACGACGAGGACGACGACGAGGUCGGCGACGGGCCCAACAGCCUGUUCAGCCAGCUGGAAGAGAGACGCCUACAGCUGGAAGAGGACCUCGGCUGUGACAUCCUGGCAGAAGCCUAUGACUUUAUUCAGUCGCAACAGGAUCAGGCCGACGACAACACAGUGUUUGGCAGCGAGUACGAGGAGAAGAUCAACGCUAUCCUGGGCACCGGCAACGAGCACCUUUACCCGGACAUUCUCCGCCUGGUACUGGCUGACUCUGCUUUCUACAACGAAGCAGAAGAGUGACCUUCUCUUGUAUCGUUCUCUCUAUUUAGUAUUUUCUCUUGACAAAUUUCAACUUUGAACCAGCUUUUUAGACGAUAUUGGUACGGCAGAAAGAAAAUCUUUUUUUUGCAAUUAUUUUUCAACGUAACGCAGAAUUUUGCCUGCCAAGAGCCGAAAAAUCACCUGGGUGGGCAGUGACGCGCAUGCAGGUGAAUGAGCGUGCUGAGAGGCUGCACAAGGAGCGUACACGUACAGCGGUGUGCAACCUUCUUGCGAAAUGCUUGCUACCAACAGCAACAUCUCAUGACAAUGCUAAUUUUAUAGGUUCCUGUUGUCCGAUUCCAGCCUGUGACUGCAUUUUUCAUUGCAAUAUGCUUGCAAAUGAUAUUGUUGUCAGGGUUUUGUGCUGCCCUGUUCACUAUACCAUCUCUCCUGGCACCUUGCUAAUAAUUAUUUUGCUUAGUUCUGUUGCCACAUAGCAGCAGCUUUGCUAAGUCCAGCCAAAGCGAGCUUGUUGGGCGAUGCCAACACGGAGAAGCAUGUUGUAAAUAAUGUCUAUCUAAAUACGAACGCCUCGCCCACCCAUGUCACCUUUGCUAAGAAUGCCAUAGCCAGCUGGUAUAUGAUUUGUAGAACAACGGUACACCAAUUUAUCUUUAUUGACAGUAACGUUUUUUUUAUUCGAAUUGUUCAACAUUAGCUCAUCUCAGGAAGCACACAGGUUGGAAUUUCGUUGUCUAGAAAGUUGUCACAUGUACUUGGUUCUGUUUUUCUUCCUUUUUUUAUAAAUAUAUUUUUCUAAGCA